UGUUCUAUACUUGAACAGGAGCAGAUUACAAAAGUAGCCGCUAAUCACGGACACUUUCUAGCUGGCCUGCUAGAUGAUUACUAUACCACCUUACUAUAACACCUUAAAUUAUUGGACUGCUAAUGAAGCUGACCUCAUUUUAGGACCCUGUGGUACCCUUUUCACGAAGGCUCAGAGGGCAACAAAAGUUCGAAAAAAAAAAUGACUUUUCAAUAGAGUCGAUGUGUUCAGCGAAUGCACAGUUACAAGAACAAAUCAUGGGGGGAAGUACCGUCAUAGAGUCCCAGAGUUCAUUGAUGAUUACAGACCAAGGUCGCUAGAGCAUAAAAUGCGCCGCCUUUUGACCGCUAACUCUGGUGCCGUUCGAUGACUCGUAAUGACCACCUGACCACCGCGGUAGCCUAUUUCCUGCACAUAUAAAUCUUCAUAUAGCCACGGUGAAUCGUCUUCAGUGCAUUGAGACCAAGUUGGAGAAGACGUCUCCGGAGGUGCGUCGUGCGUUUCGAGGUAACGUUGCCUCCGUGAAAAGGAAUUCAAGUUCAGUUGGGAAGUUGUUGAAGUAACUGAAGUUGGGAAAAUUAAUGUUCACUGUAAAACCGGAGGCUAAUUUUCAAUUAUCGAAUGCAGAUGCACCCUCGUGCACUCUACUUGUUUGCACUUGUGCUUUCGCUCGCCGGGUGCGAAGAAAAAGCAAGAUGGUACUCUGGGCUCCAAACAGUGCUUAAGAACUGCCCCGUGGAGUCCUGGAACAACCCCGGCCAGGAUGACUUCUUGGAGAAGUUCCGACGUUGCGUGCAGGACCGUGCCCUGGCAGCUCUGGACUCCCUCCUGGAGGAUGACGUCAUACCGGUCUUCGAUGGGCUGGACCUGGUGCGAUUUCAAGAAAAGAGGAUCAAUUCUACGGGGAACCAUAUGGACAGCGAGCCUGAAGACGAGACAAACUGGACUUCGAUAAUCGUGAAACGACUGUUGCGCGUUCUGCGCACUCAUGUGUUCAAAAUUGACAUUGAUCAUAUCGCGAGCAAUAUCACGUCACCAGCCAGCAGUUCUAAAAUGGAAGUAGAGAAUAAUAUAUUCGAAGGUCGUAGACGCCGUCUGAGACGCAGACAUCAGCACAUGAUGCCUUUGAUGUUAAUGGGCUUCCUGCUGAUGGGCUCCAUCUUCAUCCCCAUGGGAUUUCAAUUCUUAGCCGUCCUCGGUGGCAAAGCGUUGCUCCUAGCUAAGAUGGCUCUGAUACUCUCUAGCAUCCAAGGAUUGAAGAAAAUAGCGACCAACGGAGUCAAUUAUGGAUUGUACCAUGUUCCUCCUGUGCACGAUCACGGCUGGCAUGAAAGGAGCCAUAUAGAGCCACCCCCGCAUCACAUGGAUCUACCUUUCCAACACCAUUCACCUUUGCUUCACCCUUAACCCGUAUUUUCUGAUUUUAUUGAAUUGUUCAGAAAGUUCGUGCCAAUUUUUAAGAAAACUUUAAAGGCACAUUUGAAUUUUGAUGUAUAUUUAUUGAAUUAUAUAAGUACCAUUUUGUUCCACAAUUUUUCCACCUUUUAAGGGAUGUCCAUAUGUUAUUUGUUUUCAAUCAUUCCGAUAUAUUCAGACCUGUACCGCCUACUAAAAAUCGGCAUGGACUUUCCAGACAACUCAAUAGUACAUGUGUUUCUGAGCACGUAAGAGUGCAACGGGUUCAUUCUCUCCUCGUCGACGAUCAUUACAAAAAUGUAAGAUCGUCUAGAUCCCUAGAUCCCUUCAGCGAAUAAGUCUUCCAGUAGCGAAUUAUGGCAAGUUUUUUUAUCGAACAGAUUGUACCUUACGUAUAGAUAUAUUGUAAUGAUUAGACUGCGGAUUUUUAUGCAUUUAUAGGAAGUUUGAAUGCACAACAAAAUUACAAAAUGCAGACAAUGUGCAAGAAUAUAAAAAUAAUGAAAGUAAAGUUCACAUUAUAAUAUUUGCAGGGUAAAAUGAAUUCCUAUUUAGGUUCAAAUAUUGUAGGUACGUUUGGUAACAUUUUAAUUUGCAUAAAGAUCCGCAGUCUAGUAAUAAUCAUCAGAUUGAGACUUAGAAAAUGUGUACAAAUACAUUUUAAACAGAGAUCAGGUUGAGGAUUGCGCGGUAGAUACUUUAACGAAACAAAGUGGCAGGUAAAUAUCUUUAUUUAAACUAUAUGUAUAUACAAAUGAUUGAACGCAAAGGCCCAGAAUUAACUUCUACGUCUAAUAAACACACUUCAUCCACCUCUUCGGCGGGAUCCUCAUCCUAGGAUUAGGUUUUAUUAAGACCUCUGACCGUGGUGUUUAUCCGAAGGGGUAAUUGCUAUAAGGCGUACCAACGAUUGCGAGCGGUAUGUUUUCGGAAGAAACACUUCCAAUCAAUUACGGUUACCGCUCUUAUUUCGAUCGAUAUUCCCUAUCCUUGAUCCUCGAAAAAUUAAUAAACAAAAAAAUCCCGAAAAAGUAGAAACUCGAAUCAAGUUCAAACACUUUCUUAAUUCCUCGAAAGAUCAACGAUGGUGUUCGAUGAAAAUUGAAUCGCCAAGUUUCGAAGUGGGUUUUAUAAACGCGAAAGGCCGAUAAACAUUGUAAUGGAACACGAAUAAGAACGGCGACGUAAACGCAUUCAGAAGAGUAUCGAUUAUACAAAGUGUCCUCUUCGUUAUACAAGAAUAGAGAACUGAAUUAUUCACCGGGAUGCUUCUGAAUUUUAUUAAAUCACGUCCGUGAGAUUUACGGCAUCGGUUCUUGGGAAAACCGCUAGCCGCGGUAAUCGUUUUGUCAUCGAUUGUUUGAUCAAGUAAAACGUUUCUUAAAUCUAAUAUUUAUCGCCGGCAAUCGUAAGGGCGCCGUUAGUCUGCGAAACGUUUAAAGGGUAGUCGGAAAAAAGUGUGCAACUCUGACAAUUUUUAGGACGUAUAAUAAAUGUAUAAUAAAAUAAAUUACGUGUAUACGUAUGAAGACAUUUUUGAUUAGGUUGUCCGAAAAGUUUCUUUCGUUUUAUUAAUAAGUAAUGCAUACACAAUAUUUUAUGUCUAAUGUUACAUUAUUGAAUUGUGUACGAUUCAUUUUGCUCCAUUACUGUUACACCAUCAACAUCUAAGAAAUUAGAUCGUCUAUUUAUAUAAACACUACCGCACAAAAUAAUU